ACCAGUUACACAUCAGUGCACCACGAAGGCCUUGGUGCCGCGAUAUUCUCGCGAGAGUUGGAAACAGCCGAUCAUGUGACAACGCAAGAUGGCGGUGCCCAGCGAGGCGGAGGAGGAGGCCACAGUCUACUUAAUAGUGAGCGGCAUUCCCUCGGGUUUGCGCUCUGCCCAUCUCCGGAACUACUUUAGCCAGUUCCGAGAACAGCGUGGCUGUGGUUUCCUGUGUUUCCACUACCGGCAUCGGCCUGAGCGGGCUCCUUCCCAGGCUUCUCCCGACACUGCCCCAACUCCUAUCGGCCAGGUUCUCGCCCAGACUUCAGUCACCGAUGCUCGCACUCUUUCCCCUCCGGACUCUGCUCCCGCCCAGACCCGCACCUGCUGCUGCGUCAUCUCGGUACGGGGGACAGCUCAGGCCCAGCAGCUUCUUCGCAUGUACUCCGGCCGCCGGUGGCUGGAUACUCAGGGGACUUGGUUGCCGGGUCGUUGUUACAUCCGCAGACUUCGGCUACCUACUGAGGCAUCAGGUUUCGGCUCCUUUCCUUUCAAAACCCGCAAGGAGCUGCAGAGUCGGAAAGCUCAGAGUGAAGCCUUUACUCUGGCUGACCUGAGGCAACUGCCAGAGCUGAACCCACCAGUGCUGAUGCCCAAUGGAAAUGUGGGGACUCCUCUGCGGGUCUUUUUGGAAUUGAUCCGGGCCUGCCGCCUACCCCCUCGGAUCAUCACCCAGCUGCAGCUCCAGUUUCCCAAGACAGGUUCUUCCCGGCGCUAUGGCAACGUACCCUUCAAGUAUGAGGACUCAGAGACUGUGGAGCAGGAAGACCUUGUGUAUACCGCCGAAGGCGAGGAAAUACCCCAAGGAAGCUGCCUUGCGGACAUACCAGCCAGCUCCUAUGGAGAGCCGGAGGAGGAAGGGGAAAAGGAGGAGGAAGAAGAGUCACACUCAGAUGAUGACGAUGACCGCGGUGAGGAGUGGGAGCGUCAUGAGGCACUGCAUGAAGAUGUGACCAGGCAGGAACGUACCACUGAGCGGCUCUUUGAGGAGGAAAUCGAGCUCAAGUGGGAGAAGGGCGGCUCCGGCCUGGUAUUCUACACUGAUGCCCAGUUCUGGCAGGAGGAGGAAGGAGACUUUGAUGAACAGACAGCCGAUGACUGGGAUGUGGACAUGAGUGUAUACUACGACAGAGAUGGUGGAGACAAGGAUGCCCGAGACUCUGUCCAAAUGCGUCUGGAACGGAGACUCCGUGAUGGCCAGGAGGAUGGCUCUGUGAUCAAGUGCCAAGUGGGCACCUUUGAGCGCCACACCAAGGGCAUUGGACGGAAGGUGAUGGAGCAGCAGGGCUGGGCUGAGGGCAAGGGUCUGGGAAGCCGGUGUUCAGGGGUGCCUGAGGCCCUGGAUAGUGAUGGCCAGCACCCUAGAUGCAAGCGUGGAUUGGGGUACCACGGAGAGAAGCUACAGCCAUUUGGGCAACUGAAGAGACCCCGUGGAACUGGCUUGGGGCUCAUCUCCACCAUCUAUGAUGAGCCCUUACCCCAAGACCAAGGGGAGUCGCUGCUCCGACGCCAGCCACCCACCAGCAUGAAGUUUCGGGCAGACGUGGCAUUUGUGAGGAGUUCCAGCUGUGCCUUGGACAACCCCUCAGAGCAUGAGUGACAGCUUCAGGCCUUCCUUAGUGUCACUCAUAACUGCACCAGUGGCAGCCCUCUGCCUUGGCCUUAUGUCCCACCACAACCGAAAGAACUCUGGGACCAGUAAUCUGCGCAGCUUGUUCACAGUGUUCUGUUCUGAACUUGCCUUCUGGCGCUCUACCUCAAGGACAUUUUUACCAAAAGCCCCCUGUCCUCUUUUAAUAUUAGGGCUGAAUGACCUCAGUGGUCUCCUAACCCCAGUCCCUGUUUGGGCUUGCCCAUGUUGCCUCCUCCAGUACCUUGAACAGUUGGAUUGACUGAAGUUGUCAGCACAACCUUCGCUGAGCGGGGGGUUCACUGUAAAGGUCAGAAAGAGGGGGAAACGGGCCUGGAAGAGGAGAAGGACCCGCGGUGCUUGGGAAGGGACGAUCUCGGGGCGGGCCCUCCAUCGCCUCCACCCGUGACUGGCUGGGAGCGGACAACGGAAAGGUCGCGGGAAGGUGGCCCGGGUCUGUGACCUAACGGGAGAAUAAAGAAGUUUACUACCGGA